UAAUUUUAUUUGAACGGGGCAGAGGACAGCGUAGACUUGCAUCAGCGCAGAGUGACAGUCAACAUCUAUGCACGUUAUCAAGGACUCGGACAUUACUAAGGGACCUCUGGCUUUUCUGUCGUUGUCGUAAUAUAUGUUUUUAUAGAAUGGGGUGUAGUUCUAGUACGCAGACCACAGGACAAGAGGCAAACAAACCAAGCCCAAAACAAGAGGAAAGUAAUGGAACAAGCACAACAGGCACAACAAAUGAAAAUGGUGGCAUUCCAGAAGACAGAGUGACAAUCCCAGACCAAACUGCAUCAGAGACCUCUGCAAAACCACCCAGUGCAGGCUCCACAGCCCCGGCUGCAGCAGAACCCACAGAGAGCCCAAAGAAAGAGGGCUCUGAGGCUGCUCCCCCAGCCUCUGCCCCUGCCUCUCCCCCGGCCUCUGCCCCUGCCUCUCCCCCGGCCUCUGCCCCUGCCUCUGCCCCGGCCUCCAGUGACUCCACAGACCAACCAGCAGCAUCAGAGGGAGAUGCCCCAGCGGGGGACACCUCGAAUGAGACCGCACCUGCUUCUGACACCGCUGCUAAGGCCUCAGACAACUCUGAGUCUCCCGCCCAGCCAGCAGAGGGGGCAAAAGACAACGCUGCGUCACCAGAAGCCCCAGCUGAGUCCACAGCAGAAGCCCCAGCUCCCACAGAGGGAUCAUAAGACAGCACUACAGAUGGAUGUACUCACACAAUCCCAUGAUGCUCACCAAAUCUCUCAACGUGCAAAAGUGAGACUGUUGAUCCACAGGGAACCUGCAGAGGCAGUCAAGCAGCUAUUCAACUCUAUAGUUUUGCUUUAUCAAUGUAAUGAUAGCAGAUAAAUGUAUUUAUAUUUUGUCAAAAAUGAUAUAGAUGUAAAAGAUAUAAAUGAAGCCUGAUUACAGGAAUGGAUAUUUAGACCCCAUUUAUAUAGUGGAUUUAGUUGACCAAGUGAGGUUAAACUUAUCAGGAACCAAUUGUGUUUUCAGCAUUGUCCCUUAGGUGAGGGUCAUCUAUUACAAUUGCCUGUUGCCAAGCUAGACAAACCAGUCUCCUGGACUGGAGUCUAAUAGAUUGACUGUGCCUUUGUUUUCUUCUGUUGGUGUGUGGAAAGGAUUUCUACUUUUGUACAUACCAUAUUUCACCAGCACAAUAACAUCAGAUAGUGUAUCAAUUACAUCGUUAUAUAGCUUCUAAACUUCUUUAAAACACAAGCUUUGCUGUGAAAGUUUGACUUUUUCUAUGCAAAAGUCAAUAUUUUGUGAAUGAGAAAAGACGGACUUCAUCUUUCUACAACCCCAAAACAGAAAAAGUUGGGACAUUCUGUAAAAUGUGAAUAAAAACAGAAUGUAAUAAUC